AUGACCGCCCUUCCAGGCGCACCGCUGUCCCAAUGCAUAGACGCGAUUUUCGACGAGGAUUACCAAAACAUCCGGCAGCAGCUGCAGGAGGCAGUAUCGCAGCUACGCACAAUCCCCAAAACGGUCAACCCAGACAUGGCCAUCUGCAACACCCUCGGCGCCGCCUGUCAGGAGCCUCGCAUCCGCAACUUUACCCCCAUUGGCCCGUUCAAGGACGAGGCCGCCUUUAGCCAGGAGAUGCGCUUCUCCGACGAGCCAAGCCGUCGCGGACACCAGAUUGUCUUUACGCACGCGGACCUGAACCCGCGCAACAUCAUGGUCGACCGCGUGCGAGGGCCCGAUGGCGGGCGGCACUGGGAGGUGGUUGGCAUCGUGGACUGGGAGACGGCGGGCUACUACCCCGAGUACUGGGACUGCACCAAGUCGCUGUACGAGGGAUUCCAGUGGCCGCAGCGCCACAAUGAGGUGAUGAAGAGCGUGUUUGCGGCGCUGGGCGACUACACGGCGGAAAUGGACGUGGAGCGACGAAGCUGGGAAUCGGGGGACGGUCUAUAG